AUGGCUGAAUUUAGAUUGUUUUAAAUUAUUACUGAAUUAACAUACUCCAGAAAUGACGACUGUAGAAACCAAUCCGUGUGUUGGCCUUGGUAAAGCGCCAUUAAGGAUUUUAAAUAAAGGACCAGAGUACUUUCGAUCCACUAGUAUAAAUUCACAAUCUUCGACUGGAAGAAAAACUGCUGCAGAAAGGUUGGAAGCAGAUAAGUUGAAGUAUGUCAAAAGUGCAAAGGCACGACAAAGAAGGCUUGCCACAGAAGUGCUUCAGAGUCCAUCACCCCACAAUGAUAGUACUGGUACGCAUUCCAUGGGCACAUCUUCAAAUGGUUCACCAAUCAACAUGGAAUAUGAUGAUGUGAGCGACUACGCAGGCAAUGAUGUUCUUUUGGACAACUCAAAUGCAAGACAAGGCCGCCAGGAGUGCUCGUUUAAUGACCGAGUCCAAAGAUUUCAAAAUGACACACCACCUCCAUCUUCUACUCGCAAAAGUUUAAACAGAUCCAAUACUGACGCUGCUCUUUCAUCAAAGAGAGUUGCUCCCCACAAGCAGAGAAACAGGUCUGCAUCUGAGCAGCCUGCUCACAUUUAUCUACCAAAACAUGCAUCAGCACCUUCAGGUAGAUCAAGGCAUGGAGUUCCUGCCGAUGAUGGUAACCAUAUGGUUGCUAGCACCCCAAGCACUAAAACUAGCCGUGGAUCCUCCCCAAAAGAGGGCAGGACAGGUAGGACUUUGUCCAACUACCUGAGUAAAGCUAAGGAAGGGAUUAGGGCGGUGAAGUCCACCAUUACAUCUGGUGUAGCUGACACUGAGGCAUCCAAAGAAAGACAGUCACGUUCUACUAGCAGUGCUAAAACGAGCAAAUACCGCUCCGCCAGUGUUGGUGCAAAUGUUCAUCGUAAUGUGAAGGAUGUAGGUAACCGUAAAGCAGAUGGAAUAUAUGAGAGACAAAUCAGUGAUCAUAGUUCUAGUGACAGUCCAACUAUGAGUCCAAGAACUCAGCUCAAGCAUGUGCGGCAAAACUUGAAGAAAGUAGGAACAAGUAACAGCAUUCAAAAGUUUGGCAGUGGAUCUAUCCGUUCAAAUACCCACAACAAAGCCAUGGAUUUAUCACCUGCACAGCGAACAGGUGGAAAAACUUUUACUGUUGUUCCCAAAAAAACACUGGGAUAUAUCUCUGAGUCUACAAGCAAUUGCCUUUCAGAAAAGUCUUUAAACAAAGGCAGACCACUUUCUGUUAUUGAAAACACAACUAACUAUGUUUCUGGCUUAAACCGAAGCACACCACAUUGCGAUAAUAUUGGUGGCAAAAGUUCCAAUCAAGAUCUAUCUAAAAGUUCCAGAAGAAAAAGUUCUUCAGAAAAAGAGCAACUUGCAAAAGAAAAUGAUAUUUCUGAGAUGACACAAGGAACUGUGCAUAUUAAAAGGAUUUCAUCACAAAGACUGAAAAGACGGUCAUGGGAUUUGGCUCAUACCAUGGAUAAGAGUUUACAACUGUCCCUGGGCAAGCCAAACGCCUUUGAACCGACAUCUCUGACUCCGGAUCCCUACAUAAGCACCGCAUCACCCUUAACCAACUUACCUCGACAGCGAAAGUCCUGGAGUCGCCAACCAGCUGCAACUGAAGUAAAAAGAUCAUCAAGCCACAACCACAGAGUUUCAUUGCAUGAAGAGUCUUUACACAAUCGGCCAGGAGUUCGUAAAAGCAUUGCUGAAGCUCUAGAAGAAAUCUUCACCCCAUUAGAAUGUGAUGAUGACAUGGACACUGCAUAUAACAGCAUGUCGCCUGAUGCUAGCAUGGACUGUAAGACUCUUGUCGGUCAGGAUGGUACUGAAGAAGUAAUAGGCAACAUCAACAGUCUCCUACACAGUACUGCGCAACAUGAAUUUGAUGAACUGAGCAAAAACAGUGGUGCCAGAUCUAAAACUCCUGAAAGCUCACGAUCAAAGACUCCGGUAGCUGAACCUGUAAACACUGGACCUAAUGACGUUGACAUAGGACCAGAUAACAAGUACUUCCACCAGACACAGAGGAGCCAUUAUUCUUCCGGAUCAUCACCGGAUAAUUCAAGUCGUCGACGAUCUGGUUACCGUAGCGACAGUAACACAGGAACUUCAAGCAGUGAGGAAAAGCAAUGUGAUUUGCGUCGGUGGACACAUCGCUAUGACAACCAGAACACCUCUCAACCACUUAACCGUAUCGAUCUUGCUCCAACUACAGAUGUACAAGGAGGAAUUCCCAACUCUCCGAUGCUAGCUCCUCGGUCAAGAAGAGAGGUUGCCCCUGAAUACUCAAUGAGAAGUAAUUCACUCAGUAGAGCUGGGAGGGAGGAAGCACUCAACACAAUGAAGUCACAAAACACAUCAAGUUCAGCAUCUGGUGACAUCAACAAGCCAUUCACAGCUCUUACAGCUUCUGAUUUAAAACCAAGAAGAUCUAAACGCACCAUGAUGCCGCAUGCCUCCCCCAUGAAACCCACCCACCCUUACCCCAUGCAACAAGCAGCAUCCUCAAGGGGUAAAUCGAAACGUCACACAAAUGCACCCGUCUCACCAACCCUGUCACCACACAAGCAGGCAGCUAGGAUGACGCCUCAAAGCUCCAGAUCAUCAUCUUCUACUCCUUACUCUUCUUUAAAACGAACUCCAGGUUCCUCCAGAAACUCAUCUCUAAAGAGAAACCGGCAAAGGUCAAAAUCGGAUGUCAGUUUAUUCCAGUCUGAACUGGAUCGUUUUUUCUCCACAAUGGGCAUGGGUGAAAUGAUAUCGUCCCCUCUUCCUACAUGUAAUGACACUCUCUUCACAACUGCUCAAGUCAGCAGUGAAUCUGACUUCUCCUUUGCUGGUGCGUCUGCCUACGUAAGAGACAGCCCCGACGAGUCUUCCCCAAUGGAAGUUGACCCAAUGACCGCUGGAUUAGCGCAAGUUCCAUCUGUCAGCAUUAUAGAAAAAAAUGCCCGAGUCAUGCGUUGGCUGAUGACUUGCAAAAAGUUUGCCGUUUCCACAAACCCCAACCCCUCACCCAGAUCACCCCAACUCCCCGUGUCAGUUCCCCACCACGAGCCCCCAACUUCACCCCACUCUCCGAAGAUGACUGGGAAUAUCCCUCGUGUACAGCGAGGGUAUGGACCCUUGUUACACCUCGAUGGACACAAAGGUUACUCACACCCCUCAUCACCACGCAUUCGACAUCAACCCCAGCCUUAUCUGUCCUCCCCCCCACCAAUACCACCCCGUAUACAUUCCUACCCCAACGUUGCCAUGCCCAUCGGAGUUCCCAAAGAAUCUGACGUAUAACCCGUCUCUGCAUGAAACAAGGUUCCUGUUUCCUUAUUCUUCCACCACGCGGGCAUUGACUACCUCAUUCUCGACCGCACGAUGGCGCUCGUACAUCGCGGUGAGGCCUUCAACAAGAAAUGCAAAGCACACGAAGCUCGUCUUCCAACUGAACCAGCUGCCUCGUACUAGAGAAUCGAUUGCGAAGUUUGUUUUCCAUUUCUGUUCAAUAUAGCAACCGCCAUCUUUCACUUGGUGAUUUUCCGAACACAAUAUCACAUUUUAACUCCCUGGAUGACACCACAGCACUGUACAAUUCGUAUUUAAAGGUGUCACCGGCUGGCGUUAUACUUUUUAUAGCUUCUUUAUUGAACCAUUACGCUUGUCGUGACUGUUAUUUAUUACAGAUUGUGUUCAAAGUCGAUUUUUGUCUGUAAUCUAAUUCAAUACUCUUCCAAAAAUUUCCGAACACCUCGUUUUAUUAGUUAUCUUACACAAGGAAAGUCUAAUAAUCUGUUUAUUAUUGUUAAAGGAUAAAAAAUGUGAUUUUAGUUUAGUCACUUGGCUGGUGGCUUUAUCACGUAUGGUGAUUAUGCUUUUAUCCUCGUAAACCUUUUAUACAUAAAUAUAUAUCUAGUUGCCAGUACGCGUAGAACGGUACACACACAAACCACCAUUCGCUAAGCACUAAUUUCUUUAUUUUUGUUUUUAUUGCAACAUGAAUUUCGUCAAUAAAGAAAGAAACUUA